CGCGCUAGCCCCACCAAACUCGCCCGCCUUCGGGCUGCAGCUCUCGGGGGUGGCCCUGCUCCCCCCGGGCUCCGCUCGCCGCCCCGCAACCAUCCUGGCGUUCUGGCUGUAGGGAUAACUUUUCAAAAGGAGAGCUGUUUUGCGGCUGCCCUCUCUGCUAGACAUGGCCAAGAUGCUCUGUAACAGAGCCAGGCUGGUUUCCUACCUCCCAGGAUUUUACUCUUUAGUUAAAAGAGUGGCCAGUCCCAAAGCCUUUUCAACUGCAGGGUCUUCCGGUUCUGAUGAGUCUCAUGUGGCCACGGCACCUCCAGAUAUAUGCUCGCGGACAGUAUGGCCUGAUGAAACUAUGGGACCGUUUGGACCUCAGGACCAGCGAUUCCAGCUUCCAGGGAACAUAGGCUUUGAUUGUCACCUCCAUGGGACAACUACACAGAAGAAAAACCAAGUUCAUAACAUUGUGCCGGAUGUGAUAGCAGAACCUUCAUCAAGUGAGAGGCACGAGUUUGUGAUGGCUCAAUAUGUUAAUGAAUUCCAGGGUAAUGAUGUACCUGUUGAACAAGAAAUUAACAGUGCAGAAACUUACUUUGAAAGUGCCAAAGUAGAGUGUGCAAUCCAAACAUGCCCAGAAUUGCUGCGAAGAGAUUUUGAAUCCUUUUUUCCUGAAGUGACUGCCAACAAAUUGAUGAUUAUGACUGUAACACAGAAAACUAAGAAUGACAUGACUGCUUGGAGUGAGGAAGUAGAAAGUGAAAGAGAAGUGCUCUUAGAAAAGUUCAUCAGUGGUGCGAAGGAAAUUUGCUACGCUCUUCGAGCAGAAGGUUACUGGGCUGACUUUAUUGACCCGUCGUCUGGUUUGGCAUUUUUUGGACCGUAUACAAACAACACUCUGUUUGAAACUGAUGAGCGCUAUCGAAAUUUAGGAUUCUCCGUGGAUGAUCUUGGCUGCUGUAAAGUGAUUCGUCAUCGUCUCUGGGGCACCCAUGUGUUUGUAGGCAGCAUCUUCACGGAUGCAGCACCAGACAGCCAUAUAAUGAAGAAACUACGUGGCAACUGAUGACAGUGUUGUCAUUGUAUUCACUGUACGAUUUGUACAUAAACAUUUGGGUUAAUUUGUAAACUGUCAAAAACUUCAGUUUUUAAAAUAUACAUAUUUCUAGGUAUUUAUUUCAACAUUCACUUACAACAUGGACAAGGGAUUUGUGCCUAUGGAAUCACAGGUGUUGAUUAUUAUCUUUGAAUACAUGUUGAGCACAUCCACAUUUUAUAGACUGUGGUUAUUAACAUGUAACCAGGAUAUGAUCUCAUAUUCUUAUUUCUCCCUCUUACUGGAAAAAUCUGUUUUAAUUGUUUUUCUCCAAAAAUAAAUCAUAUUUGGUUGAUAUGCA